AUGGAUAAGAAAAAUGAUGGACGAGCUUUUAUGCAGUGUUCCAAAUCGACUAGGGCUGCUUCAUGGCUGAAGCACUCUGCGACAUCCGUUAGGAAAUUACUGGACUUGAAUAAUUCAGGCGAUGUGCAUGUGAUACCAUUUGGAUGCGACAAGCGAGGCAGUGAGGAAGACGGUUACCUGAGGCUAUGCGGCGCAUGCCAGGCAAUUCGCCGACUACCGAAUACUUUUUUCCCGCCGUUCAUCAAUGAAGUGAUGUGUGACGAUGAUAAAGCAUGCUUAUAUUUCUAUGAUUUUCGUAAGAAAGACAAACUGCAUUUUGUGUGUAUUCAAUUACCAAAUCGUUCUUAUCAGCUCUUUUCAGCGCAUGGAAAAUGUAAGCAGAAGCAUAUGAAUUUUGUUGUGCUGAAAAAUGUUGGAACGGAUGACUGCCAGAUAUGGCAAAAAUUCAAUUUGAACGUACGAGUCUCAUGCGAAUGCUUCAUGAAAUGUCAUUUUUUGCGAAGUAUGUGUGAUGAGCAUCCAGACACAAGAAAUGUAAACCUGGUCAGCAUAAGUCGCGCCGAGAUGAUGGCACUUCGACGGAUCUGUCCAGUGUCUUCAUUUUUGUACAAAGCUUGUACAUAA